AUGCCCCUUGUGCUUACCUUUGUUGACUAUGAAAAAGCUUUCAGCACUGUCGAAACGAAUGUGGUCUGUGAGCACUGCUUUACCAUGGGAUGGAGCCUCCCUACGCAAUCCUCCCUAUUAGGACACCACUAUUUCGCCGAGUCUGUUCACAGCCGCGCUGCAGUGGGUUAUGAAGUCGGUAGACUGGGACGAGAGGGGCAUUCGUGUGGAUGGGAGGUUCAUCUCAAAUUUUGUGUUGCAGACGACGUUCUUUUUUCGAGAAGCGUCGCGGAAGCGGAAACUAUGAUUGCAGAGAAGACACUGUUCAUGAAGAAUGUUUGA